ACUAGCUGUGUCGCUUUACUUUAAGAAAUUGGUGCUAAUAAAUUAAGUGAUACGAUAUUUAGUUUAUCAAGUUCACAUUUCCGUACCAAAAGCGAUAAUAAUCGAUUAUUACAAUGUCUUUUGCGAAAAAAGUCAUUCUGAUAUCAGGAGCCGGUUCAGGAAUUGGAGCGGCAACGGCUCUUCGAUUUGCUGAGCUUGGCGCACGGCUGUGCCUAACUGGACGCAAUAAAGAUAAAUUAAUAGCAGUAGCCAAACAGUGCAGCAAGGACCCACAGAGAACGUUUGUCGUAACAGGAGAUCUAACUAAGGAGGACGACGUGAAAAAUAUUGUCAAAUCAACGAUCGCGCAUUAUGGCAGAUUAGAUGUUUUAGUUAAUAACGCUGGAAUACUAGAGAUCGGUGGUAUAGAAACUACAAAUUUGCAACAAUUUGACAGAUUGUUCAACUUAAACGUUCGCGCAACAUAUCAACUGACAACAUUGGCAGUGCCGCAUCUAAUUCAAACCAAGGGUAACAUCAUUAAUGUUUCUAGCGUUGCUGGAUUACGAGGUUUCCCGAAUUUCCUGCCAUAUUGUAUGAGUAAGGCAACUGUGGAUCACUUUACGCGUUGUGCCGCUUUGGAUUUGGGGAAGAAACAAGUGCGUGUAAAUAGCGUAAAUCCUGGUGUCAUAAAAACGGAUCUCUAUAACAACAGUGGAAUGAGCAAAGAAGAGAUAGAGAAGUUUUUCAAAUAUUUCGAAGAGAAAAAUCCGUUAGAAAGAUUGGGCGAUGUAAAAGAUGUCGUAAAUGCUAUUACGUUUUUGGCGAGUGAUGAUGCUAGUCAUUUAACAGGCAUAACAUUACCUAUAGAUGGAGGUCUACAACUUAUGUGCUCCCUAUAAAAAUCUUAUAUGUUAUAUUGCAUAACAAUGUGUACUAUAUUUACCAUACACAUAUAAUGUUACAUAUAUGUAUAUCAUAUAUACGAGUUUAAUAAUAUAUUAUAAAGAUUAAGCAAUCUGUACAUUUUCGUCUAUUGUUAAUUAUUAUAUUAAAUGGUUUCAACAAAACAUA